CCACUGGAUUUGACAGCUAUAGGAAGGCGAAUCGGACACCAUAAAGGGGAGCAGCAUCAGUUUCACCUACGAAAAAAACCUUCUCAUCGUUGCAGAGUAAACCCUCACAAAACUCAAGAUGGCUUUCUUGAUCAAGAGCAUGAUUGGGAACCCCCUGUCAGGAAUAGGUCUUGGUGGUGGAGGUGACAAAGAAGAGGAGGCCACCCCCUCAGAUCCAGCCAAAGCAGCAGGGAUGACACGGGAGGAGUAUGAAGAGUACCAAAAACAGGUGGUGGAGGAGAAGAUGGAGAGGGAUGCAGAUUUCUUACACAGGAAGGCAGAGAGGGCAACACUCAGGGUGUGUCUCAGAGACAAAUACAGGCUGCCAAAGAGCGAGCAGGAUGAGAACAUGAUUGAGAUGGCCGGGGACGACGUGGAUGUGCCCGAGGAGCUGCUCAAGAUGGUGGACGAGGACGCCACGGAGGAGGAGGGCAAGGACUCCCUCAUGGGCCAGUUUCAAAACUUGCAGAACAUGGACAUGGACCAGCUGAAGGAGAAGGCCUCGGCCACCGUCACCGAGCUGAAGACCAAAGCAGAGGAGAAGUGCUCCGUCAUGUGAAUGGUCUGUGUUUUGAAUAAUGAAGAGGAAGAGGGAGGGAGACGAGAAGAACACAAGAGAAUGAAUUUCAACACUUUCUGUGAAUCUGCAGUCUGGUUACAGUUUCACUAUAAACAGCCUACAAAGCACUCAUUUUUAUUAUAAGCACUAAAAAGGCAAAUUGUCUUUCUGUAAUAAAAACAACACUUAUUAUUACUGCUACCAGUCUGCAUCUACUGAAGUAUAUAGUGUAAAAGUUUCCCUGUUAGCUUGUUACUGAAUGGGUAGUCAUUUACAACUUAUCAUCAAAAUACUUUAAAUGACAACCAGGGUGUCCCAACUCUCACUCAUGCCCGUUUUCUUUAGAUAAAUUAAAUAGAAAAGUGAUUUCCCCAGCCAAGUAUUGCUUUUCACACCACGCUCAUGGCCACAUUACAUUCACAAAAUCUAAAAUGAUGAUUAUUUGUGACACAGUGUUCACUUUUUUCUCUGUUUGUUGUGACAUGAGACAGUACGGUCUCUAAAAGUGUGAUUUUCAGUCAAAUAAAUAACUAAAAUAAAUAACUGCUUAAAAUCUAACUGCUUAAAAUCUUAUUUAAGUUAUAAAUUCAAUCCUGUCUGAGUGUUUCAACUUCCCUUUUGAUCUGUUGGUUAUUUUAGGGUUUUCUUUUGUAUGUGGUGUGAAUUAAUCAUGAUGUUUAGAUUUUUUUUUUGUUUCAGUGUUAUCACCAAGCAGACAAUCUUGACAUGUCGAUUUACAUUCACCUUUUAAUCGUAAUGAGCCUGAAACAUUUGCAGAGACAUUUGCACAACUCAUGAUUUUAAAAUAUGGAAUGAUUUAGUCCAUAGAAAUAAAAAAAAACAUGUACAUAAAUACUGAUGAAACAAAUGAAGGUACUUUGAAGUGAGAAAACAAAUGUAUUGUU